AGUCUCAGUCAGUCUUUAAUACCCAUCACACGGCAUUAGUCAGCAUUCAGUGUGAUCUAAACAUAGUUAAAUUCAAAGUGUUAUAAAACGUGUACGUAACAAUAAAUAUGAUGAGAAACUGUCGCACAAACUGGAUAUUUCUUGUUGUCCUUGUGAUUGGAUCUUGCCAAAUAACGCAAACCUUCAUGCCAUGUGCGAAUAAUAACACAAAAUGCAUUUUAAUAACACAAUGCAGAUCAGCUGUAGAAUUAUUAAAAACCAGAAAAAAUGACGAAUUAUUAAGGACAAUGUUAUGUGGAAACGCUAAGGGGAAUCGUUUAGUGGAUUCGAUAAAGGUGUGCUGCCCCACGGAUAAUCAGAUAGUUUUUCCUAAUGAUACAGAGACUGUGACUAACAGAUUUACAAACACUACUACGCCAAAAGUUCCUACAACAACCGUGGAAGAGUUAACUACGCUUUCAGUGUCUGAUACAACGUUACGAAAUGUAAAGACAGAUAAUUUACCUAGUAGAAAAAUAUGUGGUUUUGGUGGUUUCGGUUUAGACAGAAUUGUGAAUGGUGUGAUCGCUGCUAUUGACGAAUUUCCAUGGUUAGUUCAAAUUAAAACUAAAACAAAAAUUGGAUCGGAAGAAAAAUACACUUGUGCCGGUUCUUUAAUAACAGAUAGAUACAUAUUAACAGCUGCUCAUUGUCUCUUCAAUAAAACUGCUGUGAGUGUUCGGUUAGGAGAAUGGGAUACCGAAACGAAGCACGACUGUCAAGAAAGCUAUUGUAGUGACCCUCCAUUAGAUAUAUACAUUGAUGAUAUCAUCAUACAUCCGUUUUACGAUAAAAAAACAUUCACUGCCGAUAUUGCGCUUAUACGGCUUGAAAAAGUCGUUAAUUUUACAGAAUUUAUACGUCCAGUGUGUUUGCCAAAUACAAAAUACACGAUGGAGCAAGAUUACGUGAUUGGGACUGCUUUCUGGACUGCAGGAUGGGGUAAGACAGAAUUCGGUGAACCAUCAAUUAUUAAACGUAAAGUAGACUUGGAUGCAGUCUCCAUAGAUGUAUGCAUUGAAAAAUUGCCUAUUGUUAAAAGCCUAAACCCUCAAAAUGUUAUUUGCGCGGGCGGCAAUAAUGGUAAGGACACAUGUACUGGAGAUUCGGGUGGAUCUCUGGUGAAAGAAGUAACAGAGGAUUUUCAUACCAAUUGGUUCCUCUACGGUAUUACCAGUAUAGGGUUAGCUGAAUGCGGUGGAGGUAUUCCUGCAGUAUACACUAGAAUAGUAUCAUAUAUGGACUGGAUAAUUCAAAAUAUUAGUGAGUAAUGGUUUCACAAGAAAUUCGUUACGCAUAAUGUACCAUUCAAUCAUGUAACAAUAUAAACAUGAUGAAAAGAUUUGAAUUUCGAUUUUUUUUAAUAAAAAAGAAACAGUAAUUAUCUGCACGACGAUAACGAAAUUGACAUUAAAUUAUAAAUACAGUAUUAUUCUUUCAUAGACCAGAAACAUAACUAUAGCAAAAGUGAAUGUUUUAAUGCUAUUCCCAAACUCCGCAAAAAUUUUUCAUGGGCGAGUAAAUACAAUCCUCGAAAAAUAUUUUAUAGUUAAGUAAACAUAUAUUUUUUUGAAAUAAACACAAUAAGCGUC